UCCGGAGUUGAACAAUACAGGGAUCGAAAAACGGAACGGACUAAACGGCACGGAACACGUUAAAAAUAUGAAUAAAAAACGGAGCGAUGCAAACCAAUAAUUUAAUCAACUGUAGCCAUCGACUGAUAAUGAUCGCAUGCAGCCGCAAGCGCUCAUUGCCAUCGAAAGCGAUAUGGAGACUUCUGACCGUGGUGCUGACGAUGCUGCUGUCCUCUCAGCAACCGAUCGGGGGAGGCAGGUGGGCCUGGGGCAGCGGCCGGAAGCGCAUCCUUUUUGCGUUGGCAUCGCCGGCUGGAAAUGCAACUUCCGCAUCGGCCACACCCAAUGCCAUCGAAUCGGUUGUGGACAUCAUUCCGCCGGCUCCCGUUCCGAUGGAUCUCACCGGAAACGUUACCCACACCCUGCUGCUGGAAAUCAACAGCACCGUCCCGUUUCCGGCGGCCAAGCGAGGCCAGUGCCGCUGCUGGAACUCGUCGGACGAUUUCACCGAGGAGUCCCAGUGCCGUUGCGAGGGGUCAUCCAUCAUGCGGAUCCCCCAGAAGCUUACGGCAAUGCACAAACUCACCCUGGAGAAGGUCGGCAUCAAGCGGCUCCGGGAGAACGCUCUGACCGUUUAUGCUGCGGAUUUGCAGGAUCUGCUGUUCAUCUCGCUGAAGGAGUUCCACCAAAUUGAACCACGUGCGUUCUCGAAGCUGCCGAAACUCCGAACACUCUACAUUGCUCACGCCCCCAAGCUGCAGUUCCUGGAAAUGAACGUGUUUGAGGGCAUCUCAACCAGACUGAAGACAUUACGUAUCAUCAAUUCCGGGCUGCUGGCGGUGCCGGACAUGAGGAUGCUUUCGGAUCACAUCAUUCUACACAUGGUCGAUUUAGACGGCAAUCAUAUACAAGAAAUACACGAGAAAGCAUUCCAUAUCAACACCGACGAGCUAUCCAUUGGCAGCGCGAAGGCAACUAUGGAACCGUCAUUGUCGGUGGUAUCGGAUGAGCUGAAUGAACAGGACACACGUGCGGUAGUACAUCCGCUCAAAAGUGAGCUGGGGUUGGGGGACGGAUUUUUCCAGCCCAUCACCGGACUGCCCAUCGAUGGGUCCAUCAUCCGGGAGGAUGUGUCGGAUCUGUACACGCACAAUCCUGUGGACUUUUUCGAAGGCACCUUCCACGGAACCGAUGUGCAACCGACGGCCAUGGAGGUGCUGUGCGGAAACCUAACGCCCACAAUUUUCGAUGUGAAGUGCUACCCGGUUCCGGACGCCCUAAAUCCAUGCGAGGACGUGAUGGGAUCCCACUGGCUGCGAGGAUCGGUCUGGGUGGUGGUGUUGCUGGCAGUUUUCGGCAAUGUGGCCGUCCUGGUGGUGCUGUUCUCAAACCGAACCGAGCUGACGGUUCCGAAGUUUUUGAUCUGCCACUUGGCUUUCGCUGACCUAUGCAUGGGACUCUACCUGUUGAUGAUAGCUUCCAUUGAUGCCCACUCGAUGGGCGAGUACUUCAAUUAUGCCUUCGAUUGGCAGUACGGAUCUGGGUGCAAAGCAGCCGGAUUUUUGACCGUAUUCGCAAGCCACCUAUCGAUAUUUACCUUGACAAUCGUUACACUGGAGCGAUGGUUCGCCAUCACUCAUGCCAUUUAUCUGAACAAACGAAUAAAAUUUCGAGCAGCUGUCUACAUCAUGGUGGCCGGAUGGAUUUAUUCCAUCAUUAUGGCGUCUUUGCCACUGUUCGGGAUUAGCAACUACUCCUCGACCAGCAUCUGUCUACCAAUGGAGGCCCGAGAUAGUCUGGACAUUUCCUAUCUGCUGACGGUGCUCGGAGUCAAUGGACUAGCCUUUGCCAUCAUCGUUGUGUGCUACGCGCAGAUUUAUUUUUCCCUGGGAGAGGAAACGCGUCGCUCUUCUAUGACUGCCCACAGCGGGGAAAUGACGGUCGCCAAAAAGAUGGCGCUGCUGGUCUUCACCAACUUUGCCUGCUGGGCUCCGAUUGCCUUUUUUGGACUGACCGCCAUCGCCGGAUACCAGAUCCUGUUGGUGUUUUUCUAUCCGCUAAAUUCCUGCGCUAACCCGUACUUGUACGCCAUCAUGACAAUGCAAUAUCGGAAGGACCUUUUUCUGUUGCUUUCGCAUUUCGGUCUGUUCACCCAGCGAGCCCAGCAGUACAAAAUGACCUACUCGAUGCCAACGAAUACUAUCCAGCUUCCGAUGACACGGAACUCGCUCUCGGUUUCUGUCAAUAAUUCCACGGCCGGAACGACCGUGAGCUGCGGGGGCGGACAAGGGGCAACAGGAGCCACAACCGCUGUCUUGUCCCGCAAUGGAUGCUCCACCAAUAAUGGGAAGGCGCGAAGCGUCAGCGAGUCGAACGUCGAAUCUGGACUGGCGGAGAAAAACUCCAACGGACAAACGUCGGUUAUCGCCGAAGAGGAGGAACACGAAACUUUCCUAUAAAACGGCUAAACAGCUUUCUCCGAGAAGCGGGUCUGGAAAAAGCUUUUACAUUUUCCGUCGAGGGUAUAGCGCUCUUUCUCUUUCCCAACUUAUAGCUAAUUUUAUCGGUAGGAAACAGUCAGAGGAAAACAGCUGCCAGUCUGGGACAAAGAUGCCGUGAUUGUACAGAGCAGUUCAGCCGAGGGAAUCAGGGUUGAUUUCAUAUUGUUAAGUAGAAUUAAGGUCGCGGUACACCUCAGGUGAAAAUGCAAAUUAAAUAUCUUAUUUCGCCAAUAACUUAAAAGCGACUUGAGAAGGUUUUGUAACAUGUUGGAAUCGAUGGGGAAUAGUUGAAAGAUGAAUUUGAACUCGGAGUCAAUUCUCCCGAUUUCACCAUCAAGGUUGCCGGAAAAAAAUGUGUUUAUUCGAAGAGAAAUCCUGAUUUUCUGUGAUUUUACCAAAAAAUUCGGUGAUGGUUUUCUGUGAUGCUAAUUCCAUUGAUUUCAUUAAAAAAUCAUUAAAAAAUUGAGUUUUUAUAACAUUUUACUGGAGAAAAAUCAAUUAACAUAGCCAAUCUUUUCAUAUUUUUUCCAAUUUAAAGUUGAAAAUCCUAAAUUUACUUUGGAAAAAAAAAUUAGGCAAAUUUGAAAAACCUGUGAGUUCUGUGAAAUUUUUCAAAAUUCUGUGUCUUGUUACACAGAUUCUGUGAUGAAAAUUUGUUAAAAAUUCUGUGAAAUCACAGAUUGUUCUGUGAUUUUGGCAACCUUGUCCACCAUGUUAUGUUGCGCUUUCUAGAGGUAUUGACAAAAUAAAAAUUUUCGUUUUAAUUUUCACCUGAGGUGUACCGCGACCUUUAUCAAUAAGAAAACUUUCUUCUUACUACAUAGUACACCCACAGAAGAGGAUGCAAAAUUUCGAUGCCGCUCGGCGUUAACUCUUUGCCAGAAAUGCGGUCAAAAGUGUACUGUACCAUAAAUGAUAUAAUUGGAAUAGCACUACUGCCAAAAAGACUCGAAAUUCCUAGCAAAAUGAUGCAUGACCACUACAUUCAAGCGAAACAAGUAAAACAUUUUGUUGGAUUUUCAUCCCUUUGGAUGGUUAAUCCAAAACAUAAAACAAAUUAGUGAGAAUCGAACCCAAUGCAACAUUCUUAUUUCGACUUGCCAGUCCGAUUACUUAACCAGUGCACCAACUGAGUCAGUUAGCAAACGAAGGUUUAUUGUCAUCGUCUUUUGCCACGCCCGUCUGCCGGUGAAUUUUUUCAUCCUCCUUUGACUUUGAUGGGAACGAGAUGGGAUUGGGAUGGUCAUGGGAACCAAGAAACUGUUUUCUAUUGCCAGUUUACAUACACACGCACAGCUGCUUACUGCCGGACAACUAAGCCAGUGGUUGUUUACCGGGAGCUGGAAACAAUGAAUGUUUUUGUUUCUAAUGCCGGUUAACAUACUCACAAAGCCCUCAGUACAUCAUUCGACAAUAUUCUUUCUGGCUGAUUGUUUCUGAUUUGGGUUGAGUGAUAAUUAAACUCAGGGUCUGGCAAUUGAAGUGUUACGUUGAAAUAAACAUAUAAAUUGAUCAAAACAACAACUUUUUAUUUCAAAUUCAUUCAAUUUCUCUUGAAAACCAAUUACUUUUUCCAAAUUCACUGGUAAAGUUUGACAUUUUCGCCCUUGAGUUAAACCACUCGCCUUAGACGGUUGAGGAACGCAUCGUAUGAGGCCCGCAGGUGUUUUUGUGGUAUUUAAUCCCAGGCUGCCACGAGAUGUCGCUUCAGGAUCUCCACACCUUCAUGUUUCUUAGAGCAGACUUCGGCCUCCAACAUAUUCCAAACAGCGAAGUCCAUAGGGUUCAGGUCUGGCGAACUCGCCGGCCACUUGGAGCUCGAAAAGAACCCUGGAAAAUGUUGCGCAAUCCAAAGUUGGAUUUUCUUCGCUUUGUGAGCCGGCGCCGAGUCCUGUUGGAAAACUCAAUCCCUGGAACCAAAAUGUCGACGUGCCCACGGUUCGACGACAUUCUGUAGAACUAGUUCCCGAUAUGUAUUUUGGUUGAUCUUCACUCCUUCAGGGACAUAAACUAGCGGAGUCCGGCCAUCAUGGGUGAUUCCGGCCUAAACCAUCACCGAUGCUGGUUUCUGUGGCCGGGUGGCCGUCAGCAAAUCGGCAUGGCUUCGGGAUCUGUCUGGCCACCAAAUUCUGUCGUUCUGCUUAUUCGCUGUUCGUGAAUACGGUGAAGAGUUUCUUGUCGGUAAACACAAUAUUCUUCAACCUUGCUUCCGCGGCCCUCUUCAGCAGCGCCUUCGCUCUUUUUACCCUUUCUUGUUUCUGCUUCACCGUAAGGUCUUGAAUCUUUUGGAUCUUGUAGGGCUUGGUCUGCAGUUUAUCUUUCAGGAUCCGACGGAGAUUUCGAUCCGAUAUGUUGAGAUCCUCUGCCAAUUUAGUGGCACUACGACGAGGAUUUCUCUUAAGGCGCUUCUUGGUGUCACCAAAGUAGGUCGGCGUACCCCACUGUUUUGGACCCGGAACACUAUUUCGGACACGAUUCGAAACUCGUGAAUUUUAGUUUUGUAAACUUAAAAACACCACUUUAUUUUUCGGUUCGAUUUGGGGGGUUUUAUUGUUGCGGUCUUAAUUGCACGGCGGAUUGGUUUGGACUGAUGUACAAACUGUGUUUUACUAAAAGUGGCGAGUGCAUGGUGGAACAGAAUACAAAUCAAUAAGAUUUCACACAUCUACAUUUUGUGAACGUGUUAAAUAUGAAAUGAGAAAAGAGCAUAAUUUUUACUCUGUGUGCAUAUUUCUCCCUUUACUGAACAGAGCAUAAGCUCUUUUAGAUUGCUUUCGGGUUGGUCUAAAUUCCCGUCAAAAGAUGUCAAUAUCUUUCCCUACCACUACUAUUGAGCGCACGGCGAGUUUACACUCAAACAUGCCGCCCGCCUUGAAAUAUCAUUUCAAAACAAAACUCCUAACGGUACUUGUUUACUUGUACAAUUUGUUGCGAUUACUUUUCUAGUUCAUUUUGCAGUUCUGUUUUGAUAACUGUUUCGUUCUUAAAUACUCUCGAGUUUGUGUGUGUACAUACCGUACGAAGACGGCUAAAUUAUUGUGUGGUGUAGUGUCGUAUGACUUGUUGUUGCUGGUAAAACUGAACUGUUUCUGCUGGGCUGAAGAUGCUCGAACAAUUCGCUGAAAAUUCGCUGCUGUUGACCGCUGAUUGGCUACUUCUAAGAACCAGAAAUUGCCAAGGUGAGUAUCAAAUGGAUCGUCUUCUACGAAGUUCCGCGAAAACGGCCCUGUAAAGCAUGUUUUGUUGGCUUGUUCUUUCCGAUAACGACCAUGAUGAGUGAUGACCAGCGUUGCCAGAUUGAAAACCGCUCAAGUCCGUAGAUUUUACGAAAAUCGAAAAAUGUACUGUUUUCGGCUAAAUAAAACUUGAUGACCUUUUUUUUUUUUUGGUCGUCAGGUAGAAUUUUCAUUCAUCCGCAGAAUCCCUUGAAUUUAUUCGAUAAUCCGUAGAAAAUCCGUAGGAAAUGCUGAAAAUCCGUAGAUUUGGAGCAUCGAUCCGUAGCUCCGUAGAAAUGUUCAAAAUCCGUAGAACUACGGAGAAAUCCGUAGAUCUGGCAAGGCUGGUGAUGACGAUUGUUAUUCCGAUUUCUUUUUAGCGCCGCUUCUCGUCCCGUUAUGUAAACCAAUGAAACCAACUGGGUGUCGGUUCCCCGAUGCUAGCUUGACUGGUCGCUAUUUUCAGAUUACUUCGGGACGUGGUGAAAUGACACGAUUUGCUCAGGAGUGACCAGGAGGAACUUGCUAGAUGGAGGCGAAAUGUGUGCGCAUUGCCAGGUGAGUACGACAAAUAUCAUUUGUAUACUUUCGACGAGCCGCAAUUGCAAUUUUCAUCAUCUUUGUAGACCCGGUGCUGAGUGGAUCGAUGAGUUGAUAGCUGAUUUCGGUUGCUUCGAAUCUGGCGGUCGUAUGGGAAUGCUGAUAUGGCGAAUCCUCCCGCUGGUGUGCCGUUCCCGGAAUGUAAAUGGCCUCCGGGUGGUGGGAUGAACGAAGUUGACUAUCGUCGAUGGAUCCAGUUCCCUCUCUGUUGCGUCGGGUGAUUCGAGAAAUGUGAGGCGCAGUUCCUACGUUGCAGAAUUGACUUCACCGGCGUGAUGAGUUACCAUGUAGGACUAAGUCUGCCCAACCAGGGACUGGCGGUGUAGAGUUGCUCAAGACCUGGGUGAUGUUCGCUGACGAAAGAAGCUUUCUUAGCAGCACUAGGAGCUACGCAGCGGGACACGGGCAGGGGACUGUGAUGGAUAUGGCUGACUGCAGGUUCCUGUGUCGUGUGUGGUUUGCAGCUGCAGUAAUGCUUACGGCGGAUCGGACCGGCACAUGAACCUCGACUUGGCCUCAAAAAUGUUCGAUGAUAUACUUCGAUGAUUGCCACUGUUCGACCAGUGUGACGACCAAUGGAAUUACCUGAGUGUGAGGGAAGUGCUUAACAUUUGAACGAAUGUUUAAUAAAUAUGGGACUUCCCUGGAUGCGGAGGCGCUGGGCCUCCGCACGUGCUCCAAUGAUCUCUGAACCCUCUGUUCGAAUGAUGACACCCUUAAACACGGUACAGGUUAGUGGGUGAUGUGAUUGGCAAAAUCCCUUUGGCUAUGAGUAGGUGGUUGGGAUGAUUCGUUCUUAACGAUAACGGAAUGUCGUUCAGGCACUAAAGUAGUUGAAUCGAUAGGACCUUUCAAAACCUUUAAUAUUUGAUCCCUCAAAGGUUACGGACUCUUUCUAUGGUUUGAGUUGGAUUAGAGUGCGAACUUCAACUGAUAUGCUAGGGUAGUUCGAGCGAUGCGAAGGACACAUCUUAAUACGAUAGAAAAUAGUAAUAUUCUUCAAUCGAUAUGCUACUUCAAGCGAUUUGAAAAAACUUGACACUAUAUGGCUUAGAUUCUUCAAAGAUCAUGAUUUGGGUUGAAAAUUACUUAAGCGGACUUCAAUCAAAAACGUAUUCCAUCGGAGCCUUCAUGCUCUCAUGCAAACUAUAUAGCGCACAGUGAAUCUUAACACGAUACGAGAAUAGCUUCAACUUUUGUUUGAUUUCUUAACUACGAUUUGACUUAAAGGGAACACGAUUUGUUUGAGGAUCAACGACGUCUACCUAGCAUUCUGUUUAAUCCAAAUAUUCGUGUUGUGUUCUCUUUCUUCAACAUUUUUCUCAAUGAAUUCUCAACUCAAACUAAUAAAUUCUGACAUAACAUAUCUGACGCAAACCGACUCAUUCUUGGGUAGGGCAACGACAAAACGUUCCGCUUCAUUUCUAACUGUGUGUUCAUGGAAAAACUUUUCGUAUACCAAUUCUUCAUUGGAGUAGAUGGCCGUAACCCGACAUGUUUUUGGCAUCUAGAACCACGUGAGCUACUUCUGCGAGUGCUUGUAGAACAGGGUAAGGAAGGAGAAACUUUUUGCGGAGAUUCGACUACUCGACCUGACACAAUCCAACCAAAAACAGAAUUAUGAAUCGUGGGACCAUUCUUCGUGACUUUUCUUCCUUCGUUCUUCAACAAUUCCAAGUAGUACUUGGCACCAAUGACGACAUCGACCCGCUUUGAUUCGUGGAAGUAAGGAUCAGCUAGCAAAGAGGAAUCGGGAAUCGACAUGGGCGGAGGAUGAAACGAUGACGAAGGUAGCUGCAGCGUGAGUUUGGGCAACACAAAGAACUGCAUAGUUUCUUGGUAACCAGAUAUUUUUGGUGAACGUGAGCAGACUUCAGAACGUAUGGUUUUCGUUGACACUGACUCAGACGACCCAAUACCCUGGACUGACAAAAACGUGGGUGUUUCUUCGAGCUUCAGCUUUCUGGAAAACUCUUCUGUCAUUAGACAAUAUUGCGAGCAAGAGUCCAGCAGGGCUCUAGCAAUCAGAGCGUUACCAUAGCGGUCUUUGAUCUUGACAAGAGCGGUAGGAAGCAGAGUAUUCGAUGCAGGCUUAACAGAUAGUGCUACGUAGCUUUGGCUUGUGCUUGGCAUAGUUGAAUUGAUUUGUGUGGUUGUGUUUGGUGAAUUGUGUGUUGCAUUUAGUGCUUGAGUGUGUGUUUCCGUAACUAUUGGCAUGGUUUGUUGUCUUUGCUGUUGAUAGGCUUGCUGUGGAUAAAUAUGGGUGCUUUCUUGAUUAGGUUGUGCGUUUGACAGUUGACUGAGUCUCGGAUUCGACGGAUUUGGAACGGAGGAUCGCGUAGCAUGCAACAUCGUGUGAUGCUUUUGUUGACACAACCGACAACUGCUACGAGUGCAGUUCGUCGCAAAAUGACCUGGUUGCAGGCAAUUUCUGCAGACUCGACUUCGAUUGGCGGCUUCAACACGUUCUGAUAUCUUCAAUCGAAGGAAUCUUUGGCAGUGAAAUGGUGAGUGCCACAUUUCGCUACAGAAUGGACACUGGUUUGAAGACUUAAACGUUGUGUAGCUCACUGAUUGGCCUCUUGGCGGAACACUAUUUCGGACACGAUUCGAAACUCGUGAAUUUUAGUUUUGUAAACUUAAAAACACCACUUUAUUUUUCGGUUCGAUUUGGGGGGUUUUAUUGUUGCGGUCUUAAUUGCACGGCGGAUUGGUUUGGACUGAUGUACAAACUGUGUUUUACUAAAAGUGGCGAGUGCAUGGUGGAACAGAAUACAAAUCAAUAAGAUUUCACACAUCUACAUUUUGUGAACGUGUUAAAUAUGAAAUGAGAAAAGAGCAUAAUUUUUACUCUGUGUGCAUAUUUCUCCCUUUGUUUGUGUAAAAUCUCCCCGCUCAUAAGUGUUAGUAUAGAAAUAGAAAAACAUCGCAGAACGUCAAAGUUAGAUCCAUCCGAAAGUGAUCUAAAAAGGCUUUCGGAUGGAUAUAAGCUCUGUUCACUGCUCGAACAGGAGCUUUUCGUUUUCUGAUCACAACACUUAUACAAAAUUAAAC